AUGUAUCAAUCAACUAAAAAUGAGGUUGAAGUAGAGCUGGAGCUCAAACAUAGAGACAAACUACAGGGCUCAAAAGACAAUGCACCAGCCAACGAAGAAAUGGAAGACCACUCGGGUGACGCCGGAAAUCAGGCAGAUGAUCAUUACAAACAACGAUUAUCCCCAUUUAGAUACAAAUUACGAUCUUACUUGUUGCCCUUUGUGCGACAUGAAACUGAUGUGUUAUACAAGCUACAAUCCAAGUUACGAAAUCCUGUAUUUGAUUUUUAUUUUGCUUGGACUGCCAAUUUGGCAAGCCAUACAUUCUACAUCUUAAUGCUACCACCAUCUGUAUGGUUUGGUGCUAGUAAAAUGGCAAGAGAUUUGGUUCAUGUUUUAGGGUGGGGUAUAUACUUGACUGGGUUUUUGAAAGAUUAUUUUUGUUUACCUAGGCCGAGAUCACCCCCUUUACAUAGAAUUACUAUGUCUAGUUAUACUACUCAAGAGUAUGGAUUUCCUUCAUCGCAUUCUGCUAAUGCCACCGCCGUCACUUUGGUUGUAAUGAGCAAUAUUAUCAUGAACCAGGGAGCCUAUGAUACCAAAACAUAUUACAGUCUCAUUGCCGGACUUGCAAUUUAUUACUUUUCACUAAUAUUUGGAAGAUUGUACACUGGCAUGCACGGAUUUCUUGACAUCUUUACUGGAUCUGCUGUGGGUUUAGCUGUGUUUUUGUUUCGCUUCUAUUUGGGUGAAAAAUGGGAUACUUUGAUGUUUAGUCACGGAUACACGUUUGGUAUUGCAUUAAUUUUAGGUCUUUAUUUGUUCAUGAUUCAUAUUUAUCCAGAACCGAUUGAUGAUUGCCCAUGUUUUGAUGACUCGGUUGCUUUUGUUGGAGUGUUGAUUGGAUUGGAUUUGAGUCAUCUCAUUGGUUAUCAAACGAGGCUAUUUUUCAAUUUAAACGAUUUUGGGGAUUAUUAUCUCGUACCCUUUGUUAACAACGGAGGCACCUUCAAGAUCCUUGCUCGAUUUUUCCUUGGAGUCGGUUUGGUAAUCACUUGGAAAUCGAUAUCGAAGCCAGUUAUAUUCACUAUUUUACCUCCUGUGUACAAGAUUAUUGGUGUGUAUCUCCCAAGAAGAAACUAUAUCUCGACCGCCCAUACUAGAGAUCCUACCAGACACAUUAGAUCUACAUCCAUUUCCAAUGAUGUUGACCAAAUUGGUAACUUCAACAAAUUUAUAAAGGGAGUAUCUGAUCAUAGUCAACUCGAUUCAUAUGGACCAAGCAGCGAUAUUGAUUACUACGAGAUCAUGGACUAUAACAAAGGCAAAAAGGGUAAACCAAUCAAUUUGGAAAAGCUUAACUUCAAAAGUGGUGUUUUCAAAGACCGAUACGAUGUGGAGAUUGUAGGUCGAUUGAUUAUUUAUGCGGGUGUAUCAACUGCCUCGGUGUGGGCAUUCUAUUACGCUGCUAAAUAUCUUCAUUUGUGA